CCCCACUCUCGCGAGACCGAACGCGUACUUCCUAGCAUCCCCCGCGGUAGCGACGUCGCCGGCGCCCUUCAGGAGCGGACGGAAGAUGGCGUCUGCUACCCGCUUCAUCCAGAGGCUUCGAAACUGGGCCUCCGGGCAAGACUUGCAGGCGAAGUUGCAGCUGCGUUACCAGGAGAUCGCCAAGCGAACUCAGCCUCCUCCCAGGCUCCCUGUGGGCCCCAGCCACAAGCUCUCCAACAAUCACUACUGCACUCGUGACGGCCGCCGGGAAGCCAUGCCGCCCUCAAUCAUCAUGUCUGCACACAAGGCGCUAGUGUCGGGCAAGCCAGCGAAGAGCUCAGAUGUGGUAGCCACUGAGAAGAAGGCAGUGACUCCAGCUCCUCCCAUACAGAAGUGGGAGUUGUCCCAGGACCAGCCUUACCUGUGACACUGAGCUCUGGGCCACCUGGCUGUGCCCUCAUGGCCACCCGAGUGCUUCCCCUCCUUAUCUUCCCUCCUGGGACAAUGUGACGUAAUUUAUAGCAAAUAUAUCAUGCUCUCCAGUA